AUGCGUCUCAUCUCCAAGGGACUGAAAAACAAGCUGGAGUACAAAAAGCUCGCUCUGGAUUCCACUGACGACCUGUAUGCGCUGACCAACGUGAUCCAAAGAGGCGAUUUGGUCGAGGCCAAGACACUGCGAGCAGUUCCACAAACCACAGGCGCCUUUGAUGACGAGCAGAUCCAGGGCAAUGCAGGCAAGAAGAAGGUGCUUCGAAAGCUCAUUUACAUCACUGUUCGUGCCCAGAAGAUUGUUUUCGACGGCGAGGAAAUCCGAAUCACAGGCGUCAUUACCGAUGCUGGCCACCACGAGUCUCUCAAAACGAAAUAUCACACGUUGGCUCUUACACCAGGCGAUGAGGUGACCGUGAUUAAGGAGUUCUGGGAUUUCUUUGCGCUCCAGACGCUCGACCAGUACGUGGGAGCAGACACAAUGAGCGCUCUUGCUAUGGUGUUCAACUCCACUGGCAAGUUCACCAUUUACGAGCUGCGUCAUAGUGUCACUCGAGUGCUGGUUCAGGGAUACAAGGCCAUUCCUCGAAAAUACGACGGACAGGGCUCGGUCGGAAAGACUCGAGGUAAGCAAUACAACGACUUCUUUAACGUGGCCAAGGAAACGCUGCUGCGAACCAUUGAAAACAGAUGCAAAGCCGACUGGACUAUUCCCGUGCUGCUCAUCUCCAUGCCUUACAUGAACAAGCUCUUCUCGGAGUAUUUCAAGGCAUGGGCUGUGGAUAAUAAGGUGAAAACAGCCAUCCAGCUGCAACAGGGCUUUAUCACACUGGAAACUUCGUCCGAAGGCAAGACUGCUAUUCGAGAGGCUCUCAAGUCAAUCUCCUACAAAUCCGCACUCAACAAACUGGCCAUUGCUGCUGACGGAAACGAAAUGGACCAGUUCCAACGCAUGUUCCAUACAGACCCAGAUCGAGUGUGGUACGGAGAAAAGCACGUGGAUUACGCUCUCGAAAUGAGCGCUGUUUCUGUGUUGUUCCUGUCGUCCAACUUUGUGCGUGGAUUCGAUCACGCUAAGAGAUCCAGAUACGCUGAGGCCACUCAGGCUGUGCAGCAGAACGGAGGCAAGGUCUUUAUGUAUUCGCAUCUGCAGGACUCGGGGCGUCAAAUUGACGCCCUGGGAGGUAUUGCUGCUAUUCUGCGGUUUCCUCUUAACGACGAUGCUGUUGAGCUGGAGGACGCCGAGCUCAGUGACUAUUCUGACGACGAGUGA